ACGAACCCGGAAAUACACGGAGGUAACCCUCCCACGUUCCGUCGGUAAUGAACUUUAGCUCCCGGUACUGGAGGCUCGGGGAUGGAUGUGGACGCAGCCUUCCUGGUGGUCGGUGAGUUCGGACCGUACCAGAAACGGGCGGUGGCGGUUCUGGUCGUGACUCAGGUGUACAUGGCGUGUCAGUCCAUGCUGAUUGUUCUGGUUGGUUCUACACCCGAGUACCACAUCGAGCAGCAGGACGACGCCGCGGCCGGACGCCAGGAGCUGCACCAACAAGUCACCUUUACAGAGGACAUCGACUCCAUAGUGACUGAGUGGUUUCUCGUCAAGCAGCAGGCCUAUAAGGUCAGUCUCGCUGGAUCGCUGUUCUUCGCGGGCCUUCUGGUGGGAAACAUCGUCUUCGGGCCGCUUUCCGACAAGAUCGGGAGGAGACCGGUCUACUUGACAGGUCUUUUUUUUGAGGUGGUCUUUGGCUACAUGACGGCGUUAGCCCCCAACUACGAGGUCUUCGCCGUGUCUCGUCUUCUGGUGGGACUGAUGAACGGCGGCAUCGGCCUGGUCAGCUUCGUCCUCACUCAGGAGUACGUGGGCAAGUCCUACUGGGCCAUGACAGGGACAUUGACCAGUAUGAGUUUUGCGAUCGGUAUUGCUCUGUUCGGAGCUCUGGGAUACUUCAUCCGGCCGUGGAGGAGUCUCGCCACGGCAGCCAACUCGCUUGGCGUCCUGUUCUUCCUUCUGUCUGUAACUCUUCCAGAGUCUCCUCGGUGGCUGUAUUCUCAGGGUCAGACGGAGCGAGCUGAAGAGGUUCUGCGCUACAUGGCGCUGAGAAACGGCAACGCCGCCAACCACCUGGUGCUGCAGCGAGUCGGCAAUGCUAAAGCUGGUAACCAUGGCAACAUGGGCACGGGUGUCCUGCAGCUGGUCCUCCAUCCGGUCCUGCGCCUUAGGACCAUGGUGCUCAUGUAUGUCUGGUAUGCGUGCAGUCUGGUGUACUAUGGUCUGACUUUUGGGGCCAGUGAAACCUCUGGCAACCGUUACGUUAAUGUGGCCAUGUACGGUCUGGUGGAGCUGCCCGCCUAUCCGCUCUGUAUAUACUUCAUCAACAAACACUGGGCUGGGAGGAGGAAAAGCAUGGCCGGCUUCCUGUGUCUGGCCGGCACCGCCUGCCUCUGCACCACGUUCAUCCCUGAAAACACAGGGACGUUGCUGAGCGUCACGUCGUUGGCACUUCUGGGGAAACUGAUGGUCAGCGCUGCGUUCAACAUCGCCUACAUCUACACGUCGGAGCUCUACCCAACAGUUAUCAGGAACGCUGGUUUGGGGGUGUGUUCAAUGUCGAGCAGAAUUGGAGGAAUUCUGGCACCAUUUGUUCCCUCCAUGCGGGCCUUCCACACUUCCAUGCCCUUCACUGUGUUCUGUCUGAGCGGCCUCUCCGCAGGCUGCCUUGGCCUCCUGCUUCCUGAGACCCUCAAUGGACCCGUAGCCGAAACUCUGGAGGAGCUCAACAGCAUAACACGCAGCCGAGUGCUGGAGAGCAAGGCGCUUUUGUACGAGGACAACAAAAGGAAAUCAAACAACAAAUGAAGCCUUCGGCCUUGUCUUCAUCGCAGCUGCAGCUCAGAGCAGCGAGACAGGACUGUCCACGCUUAAUUCCUUAUGGAACUGAUUGCCUCAAUAGUUCGGUCCCUUCAAUGAACUCGAAGGACAUUUUAAACAAGGUGGUGCCACGGACACUCUGGGAUUCCCCCUGUUUCUAAAUCUACAGGACAGUAGAAACUCUGCCUUGAUUCAAUAUCCCUGAAUGACAUUGUGAUGUUGGUGCCUUUAUUUGGUGGCAGUUGAUCCAACAGGAUGGAUAUGUGACAGUUGUUAAGCUUCAGGAGAAGCUGCUUAAAAAAGAGUGAGUGAAAAAUACUGGAAUAUUAAAAGGAAACGAGACGAAAAACACAUCACAUCACACACUCGCUGAGUUUAAUCACAUUCCUCAAAAGACAUUUCCAGUUUGUGUGUACGUGCGUGUGUGUGCGUGCAUGGUGGCGGGGGGGUCAUCAGGAUUUAAUGUUGGGAAGAUGCAGCUUUACAGCAUCAGAACAGACUGAGGUCAGAUUAUCAAUGUUUUUAAGUCAGAUUUUUGUGAGACUGAAACUAGAUCUCUUUAUGAUCUGAUGUGUACAGGAAGUUUCUGCCUCUCGACCAAUGUCAGCUGGGAUUGACCAUAGCCAAAAAGAGUGAUGGACUGCCCCCCCCCUUCACCACAAAAUGAUAUAAUUUAGUGUCUCUGCCUUCUGUGCCUUUUCUUGUCACCUUUAUUACAGAUGAAGCUACACUUUGCACGUCAAUUGUUUGAAAGAGAAAAAUGUGAUUCGUUGUUUAUAUUCAUGUAAAUAAAGAAAUAAGAAAACAAA